CCUUCUGAUUGGUGGAAUAGUAGCGGAGAAACGUCGAGGAAGUGCUGACGACGCGCAGCGCUGAAAGAUGGCGGCAGCUGGAGUAAAUUGUGCUGGUUGGUCCAGGUUUUCGAGCGUGUUUAGCAGCUGCCCGCUCAUCGUUCUCUUGGCUUUGCUUCACGUUAACAGCGUCCUUUCCAACGGCAGGACGCUGGUGCUUCUGGACAAUAUCAACAUCAAAGACACCCAUUCAAUUUUUUUCCGUAGCUUGUCAGAUAGAGGAUUUGAUCUCACAUUUAAGACAGCAGAUGAUCCCGGCCUUUCUCUUAUUAAGUAUGGACAGUUUCUUUUUGAGCAUCUCAUAAUCUUUUCCCCUUCAGUUGAAGAUUUUGGUGGCAACAUUAAUGUGGAAACCAUCACUUCAUUCAUUGAUGGGGGUGGAAAUGUCCUUGUAGCAGCAAGUUCAGACAUUGGGGAUCCCCUUCGUGAACUAGGAAGUGAAUGUGGCAUUGAGUUUGAUGAAGAGAAGACUGCUGUUAUUGAUCAUCACCACUAUGAUGUGUCGGACCCUGGCGAGCAUACACUAAUCGUGGCAGACCCAGAGAAUCUUUUGAAGGCUCCCACUAUUGUUGGACAGCCUAGUGAGAAACCAAUACUUUUUAAGGGAGUCGGUAUGGUAGCUGAUCCUGACAACCCUCUUGUUCUGGACAUCCUUACUGGCUCUUCCACCUCCUACUCCUAUUUUCCUGAUCGUCCUAUCACCCAGUAUCCCCAUGCUGUUGGUAAGAAUACUCUCCUGAUUGCUGGGCUGCAGGCACGGAACAAUGCCCGAGUCAUAUUCAGUGGCUCCUUGGAAUUUUUCAGUGAUGCUUUCUUCACUUCAUCAGUGCAGAAGGCAGUACCGGGUUCAAAGUGGUUUGAUCAAACUGGAAACCAAGAGUUAGCAAUAGCGUUGUCACGCUGGGUCUUUAAAGAGGAGGGUGUCCUACGUGUAGGGGCUGUAUCCCACCAUCCUGUAGGAGAGACCACUCCUCCCAGUGCUUAUACAAUUACCGACCUUGUGGAAUACAGCAUUGUAAUUGAAAAGCUGUCUGAAGGGAAAUGGAUCCCCUUUUCCGGAGAUGAUAUACAGCUGGAGUUUGUCAGAAUUGACCCUUUUGUCAGGACCUACCUCAAGAGGAAUGGAGGAAAGUACAGCGUUCAGUUCAAACUCCCAGAUGUUUAUGGGGUGUUCCAGUUUAAAGUGGACUACAAUAGAUUGGGAUACACUCACCUGUACUCUUCAACUCAGGUGUCUGUGCGGCCCUUGCAGCAUACGCAGUAUGAGCGUUUCAUUCCCUCAGCAUUCCCAUACUAUGCUAGUGUCUUCUCUAUGAUGGCAGGCCUCUUCCUCUUCAGCUUUGUUUUCCUGCACAUGAAGGAGAAGGAGAAGUCUGAGUGAAGAGUGUCAAUGCUAAGCCUUAACUUGUUUUUCAAUUGUUUGGAAACUAACCAGUGACUUCUUAAUUCCAGCAGAAUUCUUUUGGGUCGCUGUCUUCAAAUGUUCAGAGACUGAGGACGAUCAAAACUGAGGGCGGGGUUUUCCCUUUUUUUUUUUUUUUUUUUUUUUUUUAAUUUUUGGGUUCUGCUUAAACACAGGGUGUAUUCUUUGGUUACAUCUUGUUUGCAGUCACUUUUUGACAUGAAUUAUUUUGUUUUCUCCCAUUUUUGCAAAAGGAAUAUGGAUCCCACUAAUUGUUACUUUAAAAAAGGAAUAAAAUUUUUCAUUCAACCCUAAUUAUGGUGAUGCAAUAUUUGUUUUUGAAAGCAGCUAGGAAUCUCUGUGGUCUUUUUGUGUAAAUUACAAAAAAAAAUUAUCUGCACUGAAGCCAGCUGCUAGUUCAAUAAAACUUAAGUUAUUUCAAGUGUGCCUGUACUGUGUGUCUGCUCAAAGGAUUUCUCUUGAGACAAAUGCGUUUAAAACCAAAACCUUUUUCCUGCUGUUCAUCUGCUCUUAAUUUACACCUUGUAACUGGAUACUGUAGAGUGAAUCAAAAUGGAAAAAAAUCCAAUUAAAUUAUCUAUGAAUGUC